AUGUUAUUUGUGAAAAAGAAAGACGGUUCUAUGAGACUUUAUAUUGAUUAUCGUCAACUCAACAAAGUGACUAUAAAGAACAAGUACCCGUUGCCAAGAAUUGAUGAUUUGUUUGACCAAUUAAAAGGGGCAACUGUGUUUUCAAAGAUCGAUCUGAGAUCUGGCUACUAUCAGCUGAGAGUUAAAGAGUCAGGUUAUCUACCAGAAUUGAAGAGCAUAUAUUGGGAUGCCUUACCCUUCCCAGGUCUGAAAAGUAUUUCUUUGUUGGGUGAUUGUCCAAAACUGAAGAAGCUUCCUCUCAACUUAGACAGUGCGAAAGGGAAUCAGGUCACCAUUUUGGGAAGCAAAGAUUGGUGGGCAACUGUGGAAUGGGAGAAUGAAGCCACUCGAGAUGCUUUUUUGCCCUCUUUCAGAUAUUUUCCUAAAUGA